AUGAUCUCUUCAAGGGCAACCUCAACAGCGAGGGCAUGCGUCCGCAGCGCAGCCCGUACUCGAGCGCUGCCGCAACACCAGCGACGAGCGCUUGCUACUGUCUCCUCGUCCCUCUUCCCCGGCGAGCCCUCGGCGCCGCACCUCGUCACCCAGGCAAUUCCUGGCCCCAAGUCCAAGGAGCUCAGCAACAACAUCGGAACCUUCCAGGAGAACCGCGCGCACGGCUUCGUCGUCGACUAUGGCAAAUCGCAGGGCAAUUGGAUCGCCGACGCUGACGGCAAUGUCCUUCUCGACGUCUUCGCUCAGAUCGCUUCCAUCGCCAUCGGAUACAACAACCCGGACCUUCUCGCGCUCGCCAAGACCGACGAGUUCAUCACCAUGACCAUGAACCGUGCUGCUCUCGGAUCCUUCCCUCCCACCAACUGGCAGGAGCUCGUCGAAACCGGUCUCGGUACUGUCAAGCCUAAGGGGCUCAACAACAUCUUCACCGCCAUGUGCGGAAGCUGUGCCAACGAGAACGCCUUCAAGGCCUCGUUCAUGGCCUACCGAGCUCGCGAGAGGGGAGAACAGGCUCAGUUCACCCCCGAGGAGAUGUCGAGCUGCAUGAAGAACGAAUCGCCCGGCUCGCCCGAUCUCACCAUCCUCAGCUUCACCAGUGCCUUCCACGGUCGUCUCUUCGGCUCUCUCUCGGCGACUCGAUCCAAGGCUAUCCACAAGCUCGACAUCCCUUCCUUCAAGUGGCCCGUGGUAGCGUGGCCUGAUGUCAAGUACCCGCUCUCUCAGCAUGCUCGCGAGAAUGCCGAAGCGGAGAAGGUGGCUCUUGCGGCCGUCGAGGAGGCCAUCGUCAGCGCAAAGAAGGGCACCUCCUCUUAUGGACCUGUUGCCGCUCUCAUCGUCGAGCCCAUCCAGUCGGAAGGCGGAGACAAUCAUGCUGCCCCCGCCUUCUUCCAGGGCCUGCGCGAUGUCACCAAGAAGCACGGCGUCUUCAUGAUCGUCGACGAGGUCCAGACGGGCGUUGGAGCCACGGGCGCCUUCUGGGCGCACGACAAGUGGAACCUCACUAGCCCACCCGACUUUGUGACCUUCUCCAAGAAGAUGCAGGCGGCCGGGUUCUACCACAACAUCGACACGCGACCUUCGAUGGCAUACCGCAAUUACAACACAUGGAUGGGCGACCCGACGCGCACCAUGCAGGCUCGCCAGAUCAUCCGCACCAUCCAGGACCGCGAUCUGGUCCAAAAGACGGACGAGGUGGGCAACUACAUCUACGGCAAGCUGUCUGACAUGAUCGAGAACGGCGCCGGUCGGGGCAAGGUGGAGAAGCUCAGGGGCGAGAACGCCGGCACUUUCCUGGCCUUCGACGGCAGGACACCCGAGGUGAGGGACAAGCUGAUCAUGGAGAUGAGGAAGCUGGGCGUUCACAUGGGUGGAUGCGGUGACAAGGCGGUGAGGUUGAGGCCAAUGCUCGUGUUCGAGCAGAAACACGCCGAUUUGUUCCUCGAGAAGCUCGAGACGGCUUUGGGUCAGCUUUGA